GUUUACAGUACAACGGCUGCCCUACCCUUCAAACUGAAAAGCAAUACUUCUUCAUGGCAGAAAUUGCCAAGGUGGUAGUACAUGCCCAUGCGUACUGAUAACAUGUCCUGCCACCAGUAAAUCGAUCUUUCAAUAAUCCAUCGAACUUUUGGUAAAUUCAUAAAAAAUAAUUUUGUCGUAUAGAAUAGUUAUGUUCCCUUGGCCUUUCGAAUAGAAUGAAUUAAACAAAAUGUCAAAAUGAAGUAACAAAUAUGUCAAACGAUCAAAAUUUCCAUUCACUACUCGGCAUUCAAAAGAUUAUCGUUUGGUGGUAUAAAUCGACUCGACAUAAUAGUAACAAAACAAGUUACGAACGCUAAUAUUGUACGAUUGUGCUAGACCGUGAAACCCACGAGUCUAGACCAUUUAACGUAGUGUAAAUUAAAUAUUUUUAUUGUGAUUUAAGCAUUACAUAAUGCCUUUGCUUAGGCUGACGACUGGUACCUUCGGGCAGCUGCGUACGUUUGCUACGUCAGCAUCCCUCGCAAAACGUGUUAAGACCUUCGCAGUCUAUCGAUGGAACCCCGAUGAGCCCGACAAGAAACCUUAUACGCAAAAUUUCGAAGUGGAUUUGGACGACUGCGCACCUAUGGUAUUGGACGCUUUGCUGAAGAUUAAGAACGAAGUAGACCCAACCCUGACCUUCAGACGUUCGUGCCGAGAGGGCGUUUGUGGUUCUUGUGCGAUGAAUAUCGACGGCGUCAACACUCUGGCCUGCAUCAGCCAUAUCGAUCAAAACAUUUCCAAGCCGACGAAGAUUUAUCCUCUACCUCACAUGUACGUCGUCAAAGACUUGGUCCCCGAUCUGACCAACUUUUACCGGCAGUACCAGUCUAUCGAGCCGUGGCUGCAGCGUGAAAAUGAAGCUGUUAAAGGUAAGGAGACUCAAUUGCUCCAGGACGUAGAGGACCGCGUCAAGUUGGAUGGUCUCUAUGAAUGUGUGCUAUGUGCUUGCUGUUCGACGAGUUGCCCGUCCUACUGGUGGAAUGGAGAUAAGUACCUAGGCCCUGCUGUCCUCAUGCAGGCCUACAGGUGGAUCAUUGACUCCCGAGAUGAAGCCACUGAGAAACGUUUAUCAAAACUCAAGGACACAUACUCGGUAUACCGUUGCCAUACAAUCAUGAACUGCACUCGCACAUGCCCUAAAGGUCUGAACCCAGGCCGGGCCAUUGCCCAGAUCAAAACCUUACUCUCGGGUAUAGUUAAGAAGCAGCCACCUAUAAUGGACCCUGCUGGCUUGCAGAAGCAGACAGCGAGCAAUUAAUAAACAAAUUGUAAAUAUGAUAUUGUAGUUCAAGGGCUGAAAUCUUAACUGUAGCUACAAUUGAGUGAAUGUUAAGGAGUAAGUUUACUAAAUGUAAAAUAUGACAUUAAUGAAAGCUGCACAAAAGCUAAUGAGUGCUUUAAUGAUGUUGACUUCAACCUAUAUUAUCAUUAUAAAAUAUUUCCAUUGGUUAUCUCUUUACAUAAACAUCAUAAAAUUAGAAAUGAUGUACAAACAAGCUCAGUUGAAAUUAAAUAAUAAAGCUUAUUUGAUAUUAUUUUAAACAUUAAAAUCUCAUUUUGGUGUCUAUCCUAUGGCCUAUGUCAUGUACUACUCACCAUCUGGUCUGCCUCUUAAAAUAUAUAUAAAAAUGAAAUGAAUAUAAAUUUUUGAUGAUUAUUUUUACACAAUUUAUGAAAAAAGGAAUUAUAUUUAAGUGUAAAGAUAUUUUAAUGUUAAUGUUCAAGUAAAAUUCAAUCACUUUUUGAACUAAAAUAUUUGAUUCCCUGAAAUCAAAUGACUAAUGUAAAUGAAAACAUUUGAAUGUUUGUCUACAUCUUUGUUCAACUCUCAAAUUAGUAGCCUAACCUAGCACCUCUUAAAGCUGGGAGUAUUUUUCUGACACAUCUCUUAACAUCUAUAUUAUGAUGGCUUCUUUGGUCUUACUUGCCUAAUUGAACAGUUUUGAACUGAACAAAAAUACCAUUUGGAUUUUACUGCUGGAUUUGGUUUAAUAAGAGCUCACAGGAUGUGAAUCGUAGUAGCCCAUGCUUAAGUUGAAUAUUUUAAUAUGAUAUCAUUAUUUUUAAAUAUAAUAUAAUUUCGUAGUUGGUAAUUAUAUAGAAAUAUUAUAUUAAAUAAAACAUAAUGGAUAUGAAGAUUACAAUUUAAUGAAAAAAAUGUCAAUAGUAAAAUUAGCAGUAUUUCCAUUCAUUUUAAUUUACUGGUAGUGGGACACACUGUGAGACCACAAAAUUUUGAACCAAUAUCCUGCAUAUUAUGAUUUGAAGCCAUUAUAUAAUACCAUUAGACCAUAAAAUACCCAGUCAGAAGAAAGCUAAAUGCAUUUCCCUAUGUCUAUACCACUCGGUACCAGCCCAGAGUUCUUACCCCAUUUUACAUCAAAAUCAUGUCGUUUAGUAAAUUUCAUGACAAUAUACUUUCUCUUGAUCUAAUUUUCUUAUAUCAAGUAUACAAAGAAAUAUGUCAUUAUAUUUAUGUUAGCACAACAUUGUAGUAACAUUUAUAAAGGGUUGUAAUUAUCACAAAGUAGUACUUAAUUAUUUGAUAGUUUUGAUAAAUUGAACCAUUUUCAGAUAUCAUAACCGUUGAAUAGACAAAAAUCAGGAUAUUGUACCUUAUUAUACCUUGUAAUUGGAAAUCUGGACCAAGCUUCAGACGACCAGUCAUUGUGUCACGAACCUUGAGGGAAUCUUAUUUUUAACGACAAACGUCUACAUGACGAUGACAGAUUCCUAAAUUAUGUAUAUACAUUAUGAGUAAUUUGGAGAAUUCCAUUCUUCGGACAAAUAAAUACAGACUCCUAUAGGAAAAGUUUUCCUUUAUAAAAUGAAAAUACUUUUGUACUAAAAGUCAGAAACUAUUUGUUAUAAAUAGUGGUUAUUAUCAAACAUUUUCUUGUAAAAUUACAUAUAUAAACGUCCACGAUUCUCAAUAGAAUCAUUGAAAAAAGUAUUAUUCAAAUAGUAUUGUUAUAAUAUGUUGCGCUUUUCACAUUAUUUAUAUCGUUUCAUUGGGUUUAUUAAAUAAAAAUUGUAAUUUACAUGUACAGUUCUUUAAUAAAUGUUAUUUAAUGAAGAA